CAAUCAAACAUGUGCAAGCCUCGAUGUGGAACCGUUAAGUAGGAGGUCACGUUCAAGAGCGACUAUACCCAAGAAUUCAUUAGUUUGCGGGCACCCGGUUGAAAGUAAACAAAUCUGUGGCAAGAUUUAUCCCGAGCGCGCGAGUGCAAUUACCAGUUCGCCGCAAUUAAUUCGCAUUUCAGAUAGAAGAUGUCUUUAAUAUCGAAAAUUACAACUACCCUUAUAAUAAUCUGGGGGGCUAAUGUAAAUUCGGAAAUUCCGAGCUAUAAGCAAACGGGAAUCGGAAUUGCAAAUUCGUUUCACAAUACCCACCCUAAAUUCAGCGAUUUAAUUAAUAUAGUCUCGCUCACGCAGGAGGGAUAUAUACAGUUCCUGCGGUACAUUGUGGACGUUCCUGUAAUAGACGAAUUUACUUUUUGUGUCUGGUUCAGAAGCAUAAAUUUGACAAACGCCCAUCCCUUACUAUCAUACUCAGAAGAUGAAAAGACGCGGUACAUACGAGCAUGGAUUUCACCUCAUGGCAAAGAAGUUAAUUUGGCGAUAAUGGAAAAACGGGUAUUUACAAUCGAGAGUAAUUUUCGCGAGAAGAAGUGGUACCACCUGUGUCAAUCAUGGGAAUCGUCGAAGGGAUAUUGGGGCUACUUCCUAAAUGGAAAACUAGUCCUCGCCAAUUAUGAAUCAAAGCUUAAAGGAGUGCAGAUCCCUAAAGGAGGCGACAUAGUAGUCGGACAGGAGUACACCGAUUUUGACAAGGGUCUGGAUGAUGGCAUCGAGGGCGACAUAUUUGGCUUUAACAUGGUUUUAUCCUCGGCCGAAAAGCACCCGGAUCUCACUAACGUACUCAUUCCACCCUACAACACCCAACGACGCGUCUACAAUCAAAACGUACGCGACCCACAGAAUAUGCACCGUUAUUCAGACGUUCCGAACGUUUUAAGCUACUUUACGGUAGGCCCAAAUCGAUUCCCGAAAGGAAUGUGGGACAAUGGCAAGAAUUUACUGAACAACUUCUGGAACUUGUUCGGUUCGGAAGAAAGAAUUCGCAUUAAGCAACCACAUAUGAGCGAAGAGCAUUAUCGUCACCCGUUCGAAACGGGGAUUUUGGUCGGUAACGAGGCGGCAUCUAAGAGGAUUACCAGUUACGGAAUUAUGAGUGAUAUUAACGGUGUUAGUCAGAAGCCUUUAGGAUUACAACUUGUGGAAUUAAGCUAUAAUUGUGCCCUGCGAAAGGGAUCUCCACUUGAUCACCAGAAAAUGCUAAUAAGCUGGACGUCGACACCGGUUAGGGUGUUUGGAGGAGCGAUACUAAAAAAUAUUCGUCCGUUUUGUUUUAAACAGAAUGCUGGAUAAGAAAUUUGGUGUGCGUACAUCGCGAUUGCAUGUAGAUAAUUUAGUUUGUAGUAAAGGACUGG